UUACUUUGCACCUGAAACUGACAGCCUGAGAAUGUUGACCAUUGCUCUUCUUGCCCUUUUGUGUGCAUCAGCCUCUGCCAGUGCCAUUCAGGCUAGGUCAUCCUCCUACAAUGGGGAAUAUGGUGGUGGUGGAGGAGAGCGAUUCUCCCAUUCUGGCAACCAGAUGGAUGGCCCCAUCACCGCCAUCCGUAUCCGAGUCAACAGAUACUACAUUGUAGGGCUCCAGGUGCGCUAUGGCAAGGUGUGGAGCGACUAUGUGGGUGGCACCCAGGGAGACCUGGAGGAGAUCUUCCUGCACCCUGGAGAAUCCGUGAUCCAGGUGUCUGGCAAGUACAAGUACUACCUGAGGAAGCUGGUUUUCGUGACUGACAAGGGCCGCUACCUGCCCUUUGGGAAAGACACAGGCACAAGUUUCAAUGCUGUCCCCUUGUACCCCAACACGGUGCUCCGAUUCAUCAGUGGCCGAGCGGGCUCCCUCAUCAAUGCCAUUGGCCUGCACUGGGACGUCUACCCCAGUGACUGCAGCAGCUGCUGAGCCCCGCCUCCUCAACAGGGCACUGCCGUGAGGGUGUGACAGCCCCCUUACCACUAACCCCACAUGGCUCAGUACAAAAAAAUAAAAGAAUGUGGCUAAAGCUAGUA